UGGCGUCAUCUGGAGUAGAGACAAUAUCACCGAGGUGCCCCACCAUGUCAGAUGCAGCAGUGGACACCAGCUCCGACAUCACCACCAAGGACUUAAAGGAGAAGAAGGAAGUUGUGGACAGGGCAGAGAAUGGAAGAGAUGCCCCUGGUAAUGGGACCACUAAUGAGGAAAAUGGGGAGCAGGAGACUGACAAUGAGAUAGAUGAAAAAGAGGAAGAAGGUGGGGAGGAAGCACACUUAGGUGUAAACCCUGGUAGAUGUGAUCUUUUCAUGUUUCUUAAGUUGUAGGGUGUCUUGGCUUUGUGAACCCAGAGCAUUGUGUUAGGAAGUUCCAAAUCACAUUGGCUACAAGGGAGAUGCUCUCCUUGAGAGGCUCCUUGGCAUUGAUUCCAUUUCAUUCUUAUUCUGAGAGUAUGUUUGUUGAGUAAGGUACCCUACUUACAUUGCCAUUUUUUUGUACCCUCUCCCGUCAAUUUUUUGGUGAAGUGCUUUAGUUAAUUGUGAGGAAGGUGCAGCUCUUCACACAUAGAUAAUUUUUUAAAGCUAAUAUAAGCACAUUUACGUGAAUCAUAUAAUUAAAUGUACAAGCUUUGAAUCAGACCAGCUUCAAUACCCAUAACUCCUUUUUUAUAGGAUUUUUUCCAUCAGAGCUUGGCUCAUCGCCAAAUAAAGUUUAUUGAAGGCUAUGCUGUUUCACACAGUUAUUUUAUUUUAUGUUUUUAUUUUGAAAGUAGACUGCUAGGAGCAGUGUUGAGGGGCUGCGGUACUUUGAGUCAACUGAAAAGGCUUUGAACAUUUUAUCAUUUCUUUUCAGGACAUGUGCUCUGACUGUAUGACUCCUCUUUCCCCCACUCUUUCAUGGUGAUGUGUGUUAUACUAGGACAUGGGAGUUUGAAAACCACUCCUCAUUUUUAAUAAGGUUUAUUGUGUGUACCUCUCCAUAUUUAAUUUAUAUGACAAAAUAAAAUGGGAAGAGUCUGAACCUUAAUUGUCAUAUGUUGCUGUUGAUCUGUGGCCCCAAUAACAUUUACUUGUAAAAUUUUAAAAGUCAUUAUUCCUGUUAUGUUAUAUGUGUACUCACUGCACAGGAGUGGAGACUCACUGUAUGUGUAAGAAAAUUCUAAUGGUAAGUGAGCUGGAGUCUCUGGUAUCCCCUCUUACCAAGUCAGCUAGCUAAGAGUAGUUGUUUCUCUAAAGGUUUACAAGUAUUUAAAAUUCUUCCUCCUAAACAG